AUGUUUUCCACUUCGGGCGCAAGGUCUACUGCAAGAGCACUGCGCCGAUUUGUUGGCACUUCUUCGGUCUGCCAACCUUCAACAACGGCGGUACGGUCAUUCGCUUCAACAUCAAAGCUGCCUCUCGAUUCGUCCUCAGCCUUGACGGACUCCAGCAAGGCCAGUAAUGAACGAACCACCACGUCCUCCGUCCACGCAUCCGAGAUCGAACACUUCAGUCGACUUUCUUCGAAAUGGUGGGAUGAGCAUGGCGAGUUCGGUCUACUCCAUGCUAUGAACCCUGCCCGAAUCCAGUUCCUUCGCGAAAAGCUUGACGAAGUGUGGGGGUACGAACUUGCCAAACGCCAAGUUGAAGAGCGUCGUGGCCACACAACCACCACCUCUUCCGCAACUCCAAACGCAGCGAGAGCACCGCUGGAAAACAUCGGCAAGACCCAAUUCCUCUCUGGUCUCGACGUUGCUGAUAUUGGAUGUGGCGGUGGACUUCUUUCCGAAUCCCUAGCUAGAUUAGGUGCCCGAACAACAGGGGUAGAUGCAAGUCACAGCAACAUCGGCAUUGCCACAACCCAUGCUGCUCGUGAUCCGCUUCUCUCCCGUCCGCACCCACUUGGACGGCAGUCGCUUACAUAUCUCCAUACGACCGCAGAGGAUCUUGUGGCCCAAGGACAAACUUUCGACGUCGUCUGCGCGAUGGAGGUGCUCGAACAUGUGAACGGUCCAGCUGACUUCCUUCGUUCGCUCGAUAAGCUUGUCAAGCCGGGAGGACACUUGUUCAUGUCUACCAUUGCACGCACACCCUUGUCUUGGUUCUUGACCAUCUUCAUGGCCGAGGAGGUACUCAGAUUGGUCACGCCAGGUACUCAUACGCAUCAUCAGUACAUCAACCCAAAGGAGCUCGUGGACUUUUUCCAGAAUGAUCUCAAGUGGUACGGACCUGGAACGGAGCUCCCGCAAAGACUGCAUUUCGAGGUUAGAGGAACAGCUUAUUUGCCAUGGAAGGCAACUUGGACUUUGGCUGCUUCAAACACCAGCUUGCCUGCUACUCAAGAGUGUAAUUACUUUUUCUGGGCUCGGAAGCCGCUCGAUGCUGCAUCAUGA